AUGAAGGGGCCGAAUCACCUCAAUGUCUACGCGGGCCCCCAGUCCGUCAAGGACUACUUUGACCCAGAAUGCCAUCCGCCCAUGCCGCUGGUGGAGAUUCCGGAAUGCCUCAACCCACUCAGGGCUGACGGCGUCCGCAUCUACGCCAAGAUGAUGUCGAUGCACCCGGCCACCAAUGUCAAGGUCAUUCCAGCUAUGAACCUGCUCGACAAGAGCGUCGAGGCUGGCAAGACCAAGACCAUUGUGGAGAGCAGUUCCGGCUCUACCGUGAUCUCUAUGGCGAUGGUCGCUCGGGCCAUUCAUGGCAUCGACGAUGUGCAUGCGUAUCUGAGCAACAAGACGAGCGAGACAAAGCUGCGCCUGAUGCAGUUUUUCGGGCUCAACGUCACUCUUAUCGGUGGCCCGGCGCAGCCAACCCCCGUCGACGAGAGGGGCGGCAUUUGUGCGGCAUCACGGAAGGCCAGAGAGAUUGAUUCGGUGUGCAGCCCCAAUCAGUAUAUCAACGAUGAUAACUGGAAGGCACAUGUCCGCUGGACCGGUCCGCAGAUCCACAAGCAACUGCCGGACAUUAACGUCAUCGCCGCCUCCAUGGGCACUUCGGGCACCAUGACUGGCCUGGGGAUGUACUUCAAAGAAGCCAAGCCUUCGGUCUACAGAAUUGCGGUGUGCACCAAUGCCGGAGACCGAGUCCCUGGUCCCCGCGAGUUCUCUCUGAUGAGCGAAGUCAAGUUCCCGUACAAGUCGGCCGUUGAUGCCCUGGAAGAGGUUGGCGCAACCGAUUCCUAUUCUCUGUCGCUGGACCUCACCCGCCAGGGAAUUGUCUGCGGCCCAUCCUCUGGCUUCACCCUCCAGGGCCUUCUCCAGCGUCUGGCGAAGAGGAAGCAAGACGGCACUCUGUCACAGCUGGCCGGCCCAAAUGGGGAGAUCAACUGCGUCUUCAUGUGCUGCGAUCUUCCUUACCAGUAUCUGAACGAGUAUUUUGAGAAGCUCGGCCCCGAGAAGUUUAGUCCGCUGCGAAAUGAGAGGCUCAAAAAUGCUGACCUCUAUCGCUACGACGAUGCAUGGGAACGCGAUGCAAUGGAUGCACUGUCCAGCUUCUUCUCGCUCAGUCCUGCGACACAAGGCUCAUCUCUGUCGUUUGUCGAUGGGGUAGACGAGCUCGAGAAGGCACUGGUUGCUCAACCAAAUACACAGAUCCUCGACUUCCGCCGCACCUCCGACUACGAGGCGUUUCACCUCCCAAACUCUGUCAGCAUUCCGCUCGAAACGCUGAGAGACGGAGCCGCUUGUGGGAGUCCGUUCGCCAACCCGGCUGAUGACUGCUCCAUGCUUGAGGAGCUCUGGCUGGAGCUGGAGGGCUUGUUCACGGUCAAGGACAAGGACGGGAAGCGAAACCCCAGCGCAGAGGCUCUGAUGGCGAUUCUGCGUGGAAAGAGGGUCCUGACCAUGUGCUACGAUGGCGAUAGUGCCCGGGUCGCAAACAGCGUCCUUCGCGCCAAAGGCGUCAACUCGGACAGCAUUCGCGGCGGCUACGGGGCAUUGGCAACCGUGCGACUGCCUGAUGCGGGCUCUGCACAGCAGUCGACCCAGGUUGUGUCUGUGGAGGCAUGA